AUGGCAUUCUGCAAUAGAUUUGGAAGUCUCAUGAGGCAGACCAUUUCACAGAGCAGUGCGUCUAAUGGGCAAGUUCCAAUGGCAUCAAUGUUCAAUGCUAUUCGUUGCAUGUCGUCUUCAAAGCUUUUUAUUGGAGGUCUCUCAUAUGGAGUGGAUGACCAGUCUCUGAAGGAUGCAUUUUCCAGCUUUGGUGAUGUUACCGAGGCGCGGGUUAUCAUUGACAGAGACUCCGGAAGAUCAAGGGGAUUUGGAUUUGUGAACUUAUCUAGUGAUGAAUCUGCAAGCUCGGCAAUGUCAGCCAUGGACGGACAGGUAAGAGAAUUAAAUUGGUUAGCAAACAUAUGUAUUCCAGAAAGAGAAUUUUUUGACGUGGGUUCCUUACUCUUCAGCCACUGGAUGGGAGGAUCAUCCGUGAGUUUUGCAACAGACAGAGCCGGUCCUCCUCGAGCUGGUGGUCCAAUUUAUCGUGGUGGGUUUGGUAAUGCAGGAAGGAAUGAUGGAUAUUAA